UUUCCAAACCUACCCAAAAAAGGACACACACACUCACCACAUACAUUGAAAAGAAAAAGCAUAUUAACACCUUAUAAAUAAUAUUUAAAAAAACCUAAAAAGAUCACAAAUAAAAUUAAGAUUAUAGAGCAAGAAAUUCUAGUGUGAGAAAAUGGGUGGAGAGCUGAAAGGAGUGGCUAUGUUAUUAAUGAUGAUGGUACUUUUUAAUGGGCUAGUGCUGCUUAGGGCACAAGAAAAUAGGCCUUCUCCUUCACCUUCAUCUCAGAGUAACUUUAAAUUUGAUUUUGGUGAGGCAAUUUGCGGUUUACAAUGUGCUAAAGAUUGCCAGUUUCCUUCUCAUUUACGUGCCCAGUGUAUGGCUGAAUGCAUGCUUAAAUGUAUGAUGAAAUCUUCUCCUUCUCCUUCUCCUGCUGCUGAUCCUUUUUAUACUUGUACUCUUGGCUGUGCAAGUUCUGUUGUCUCCACCGCUCUCUUUCAUGAUAAAUAUCAGUUGGAAGGCUAUGAGAAAUUGCCACAAGUUGCAAACUUUAUAGCUUUUUGUGAUGAUAAGUGCAAGGAGAAGUAUAAAAAUGUGUAGUUUUGCAAUAGAAAGGAAAGUAUACAAAGAAGGAAGUGAAAUGCUGUCAAAUUUAGAGACGAAAAAUGUCUUAUUUACGUGAGCUUCAAAUCAUAUUGGGAUAUAGAGUGAACGAUUUAGUUCAAUAAAGAAAAUAAUUGUAAUUCUAAGUGGUGAAAUUUUAAAAAUCCAAAUUAGUAAAUUUCACAUUAAAA